ACCGUUUCCUUCAAACAAAAGAGAGAGAAAAAGAAGAAAAAAAUUCAAACUUUGACCCAGGAUUUGCUCUGCUAUGGCGUUUGAAGCUGGCCUCAACCUCGACGCGACGGAGCUCCGCCUUGGACCGCCGGGAGUCGACGGCAAUAAGCAAGAACCUCAAUCUCUCAGAAUCAUUAACAAUAAACGACCCUUAUUGCCGGAAUCCAACCAAAGCUCCUCCGCUUCAAAUAUCUCCGUUUCCGAUGACAAUCUCGAAACCCCACCUCCUUCCAAAGCUCAGAUUGUGGGGUGGCCGCCGGUUCAAUCGUUUAGAAGAAACAGCCUUCAAGGGAAGAAAACGGCGGCGGCGGCGACGGCGGCGGGAGAGAGUACUGCCAAUUACGUGAAAGUGAGCAUGGAUGGAGCUCCUUACUUGAGAAAAAUUGAUCUUAGUUUAUACAAAGGGUACACCGAACUUCUUCAAGCUCUAGAAGAUAUGUUCAAGUUCACCGUAGGUGAAUACUCGGAGAGAGAAGGGUACAAAGGAUCGGAAUACGUUCCAACAUACGAGGAUAAAGAUGGCGAUUGGAUGCUUGUCGGAGAUGUUCCAUGGGAGAUGUUUAUGUCGUCGUGCAAGAGGCUGAGAAUCAUGAAAGGAUCGGAAGCGAAGGGAUUAGGGUGUGUUGCAUGAAACAAUGAAAAAGAAGAAGCUUUAUUAUUUAGAGGGAGAAGAAGAGAAGGAGACAUGGGCUUGGGUUGUCGAGGAAGAAGAAGAAGAAGAUGAUGAUGAACUUCAAAGAUGGAAUUUUUAUUUGUAUUUUUGUGGAAAAAGAAAGGAUUUUUGAGGGAACAAAUUUGAUGCAUUUUGAUCAUCUUUGUGGAACUUAAUCGCGAGUGUCCAUUGGAUUUUAUCCAUUAUCCAUUA